CAGGAGGCUGACUUCCAAACAAUGACGCACCAGCGACUGCCUUUCACACCCUCCGCCACAGAACGAGCAGAGCUCCCAAACGUCAAACUCAGUCACAUGAUUCCUCCUCCACCAUUCUGCUGCAAAGUGAAAGUAAAGAAAUAGGAGUAUUCAGUCGGCGAUUGAUUUAGUUUUUUUUUUCUUUUUAAGAAUGGGCAUGGUUAUUGUGAAACAUUUGAUAUAAUGGUACGACAGAUUUAACUAAGCUUUUGUCUCAGAAUUUCCGACUACAUCCCGAAGAAUUUUUUAUUUUAAAAAUAAUGGAGGGAGUUAACACAGUUCUUACAAAAAGCACAGAGUAACUUUGUUGUAGAAGUAACUUUGUGGUUACGAAGAGUUGAAAAAGAGUUUCUUUGGUUGUGUAUGCAGCUGUGCAAACCAGAUUCAGCGGUUUGUAAGUUGUGCCUACUUGCAAAAUGUGGCAGUAACUCUUAUUUCUGUUCUUGCAACCAUUAGGAUUUUAGAAGGGAUAUUCACUUGGCAGCAGGCCCCUGCAGGAUGUCCACUUUCUGCUUAAAAUCCUUCACAGUCCAGUAAUUUAAAGGCUAACGACGUAUUUUGUGAAGUAUGCAUUGCGGCCAAAAUGACUUUCAGAUCUUGUGGCAUGUGUUCUGUGACCAGAGGACAAAUGUAUUUCAUCUAUAAUAAUCAUCAUGUACUAGGAGUGUUUUUAGGGAUGUGUGGUGGAUGAAAGUAUAUGCAAAAGUAAUGGAUGUAGGUAGGGAGCAGAUGCUCCUGAAGGGUAUGCGACCUACACUUGUGGAGAAGUGGAGUGACCAGAUUGAACGAAUUCUUGAUGCAUCGUUGUCUGAAAGGAUUAUAACCAGGGAAGAUGAUUGUACAGUCAGAAGUGAAAACACAGAAAUGGAAAAGAUGAGAACUCUUUUGGAUAUACUAGACUGCAGAGGGAAUGGUGCAUGUAAGAAGUUUAUUCUGAUGUUAAAAUCUGACAGAUUUAACAAAAUUCCAUCAAAACCAGUUAGUCACAGUGCAGUAGGUCACAAGCUUACUGACCAGCAACAUAAAGUGAAUGAGUUAGACCAGUCUCACAUUUCAAGUUGUUUUGCAUUACACUGGAAAAUUUUGGCACAGCGCCAUGGGAUAAUGGAUGAGUAUAUAGCAAAUGGUAAGCGGCGUGCAAGUUUUGGAGAGCGCUAUACAGAUAUAACUGUUGUCAGAAGAGAGUUGUAUGUGAGUCAGAGGCAGCAUGAAGUUACUGAGGUGAGAAAUUCCUUCAGAAAUAUAGAAAGGCAACACAGUUCAAUUUGCCAACGUGUGGAUAUCUGCGAGGCACUGCUUAACGGACAUACAGGUUUAACACUGAUUUCUGGUGUGGCUGGCAGUGGAAAAACCACGGUGAUAAAAAAAGUCAUUCAGGUGUGGGCUGUAAAAUUUGAAGAGAGUAAUGUGGUUAUGCCUUUGGUCUUGUUCUUUUCAUUAAGAGACUUGAACCUGAUCACUGAAUCUAUUAGCCUGAUGCAGCUUAUGGUAUCGCAUUACAACCAUUUAAAGACUGUUUGGGAGCAGCUUUUGAAUUCUGAGCAGCAUAGACUGUUACUGAUUUUUGAUGGCUUGGAUGAAUUUAAGUUCCAUCUACAUUUUGGAAAAAUACAGACUUGUUCCGACCCAGAAUUACCUCAGCAUAUAAGCGGCAUAAUUGUGAAUAUAAUUAAAGGUCACUUGUUACCUGAUUGUGCAGUUGUUCUCACAUCGAGACCUCAUGCAAUUUGCAAAAUUCCAGAGAUGUACAUAAAGAACUUCUACCAGAUUUUUGGUUUUUCAUCGGAACAGCAAAAAGAAUAUUUUAAAAAAGCAUGUGCUUCUGAAGCAUGUGCAAACAAAAUUUGGGAAUAUGUUUCAGUCCGUAAACCUCUUUCCCUGAUGUGCCAUAUCCCUGCCUUUUGCUGGAUAACAUCUACUGCCUUGCAGGAGAAAGACAUGUCUUUGGAUGCCACUGAUAAUGCCACUACUGUUACUGAUAUCUACUGUCGUUUUUUGAAAGCUAUUGUGAUUUUUCAUGGUGUUGAUAAAGAUGUUACUUCUGUUCAGUGCCUAGUAAAUGCAAGAGAGUCUUUGGAGAUUUUCCGGAACUGUCUCAAUGAACUUGGAGGAUUGGCUUUUAAGGGCCUCAUGGAGCAAAAAUUUAUAUUUGACCCAGAAGACUUGCCUAGAUGUAAUGUCAGUCAGGGAUGCUUGUCAAGCUUAUUUAUGGUUGAGGUCUUGAGAGAAGACCAGAAUAAUUUUGCUUUCCAUAAGACCUAUCAUUUUUUGCAUACCAGUGUCCAGGAGUUCUGUGCUGCUCUGUUUUAUGUGAUGGAGUCAUACUCUGGUAGAAACCCCUUCUUGUACCUUGGAAAGGUACCACUUUCAUUUUUUCAUAAGGUUGGAGCAAGAAUGCUUAGAAUGUGUGGUACAGAAAGACUUCUCCGUAAACGUGUGAAAGAAGUGUGCUUCCUCAGCAGUCAGUCACCGACUGGACAUUUGGACCUGUUCUGUAGGUUUGUCUGUGGUCUCCUGGUUCCUGAAACGUUUAGGAUUUUAGAAGGAAUAUUCAGUCGGCAACAGGCCGUGCAGGAUGUCCACUUUCUGAUUAAGGUCCUUCACAAACAGUUAACACUUGAGUCCCUUUCCCCUGAGAGGUUAGUAAAUGUGUGUCACUGCCUUUAUGAGGCCAGGGACCCAGCACUGAGGGAAAGACUGGAGCAGCUGUCAAGUGACUUUGCCCAAUCGAAUGUGAAGUCCUCUGCUAUUGGCUACACAGAGCUGGCAUUUGUCCUUCAACUUACCAGUGAUGUAGAGUUACUGGACUUGGAGAAUUCUAACUUGGGCCCUGUGGAACUUUGGAGACUUAUGCCUGUCCUGCCAUAUUUCCGAACUCUAAGGUUAGCCCAGAAUCCUCUCGGACCUGAAGGAGCAGCCAUUCUGGCUGAAGUGUUAAGGGACCCAAACUGUAGGACUGAGAAUCUGUGGAUUGUUGGCACUAAAUUGGGCUCAGAAGGUGCUAAAUACAUAUGUGAAGGACUUCUGAAGAACAGCACUGUGAAGAAUAUAAGAAUGGCAUGCAACAGUAUUGGAGAUGUUGGAGCCAUCUCUCUAGCUGAGGUUUUGAAGCGAAACACAACUCUGAAGGAUAUCAGGUUACGUGAUAAUGUCAUCACUGACAUUGGUGCUGAGCAUUUACUUGAAGCAUUACAAGUAAACACCACAAUUGAAAUGCUGUGGUUUUUUGACAAUAAAAUUUCAGCAGAGUGGGUACAGAGGCUAAAACGGUUUGCAAAGAGUCGAAACGGACUGGAAAUCUUAAUCUGUGACUGAAGAAUACUGCGUGUAUCAUUUGGAGGGACAACAGCAUUCAACAAGCCCUGUGAAAAAGCUACAAAGUAAAACAGCACCUGGACUGUCUCAAAAGUUGUUACACGCUAUACCAGUAAAAGUCCAGGGUAGUUUUCUGUGAUGUAGCAUUCAUCUCAUUCUAUUAUUGCCUUUUGAGGUAAUUCCAACAGGAUUCAUUCCUCCCCAUCCAGGUUUCAGACAUUAGAUUCUUUGAUGUCAUUGGCUGACGUGAUGCGUACCAGUGAGGGAUAUUCUUAUAUGCUUGCUUCAGAGUUUUGACAGUAUGUGCACACUGUAAGGAUACAUCUCUCUGAUAUGCUCUUUGACCAGGACUGCAUUUUGAAACGUAUGGCUUAUUAGAGAGAGACGAGUAGCACAGAGGAUUACAUCCAUGAGUUGUUAAUCAUCUCAUUCUUGUAGUGCUGUGUCUGAUUCCGUUAGCCUCCUGUAUCCUACUGUGUAACUGAGCAAGUCGUUUAACCAUAGUUCUCCCAGAUCAUCCAUGAAAAUGGACAUGUAUGUCCAUUAGGCUUAACUUGUUAACAAAUGAAACUACCUUAAAAUAAGAUGCAGACAGUAUUCUGACCUUUGGGGGAUUUUGUAUUUUAACAGCUAGGUAGUUCAUUCCCAGGCAUUAGGUGCAAAUGAACAGUUCCUAGGUUGCAUUUGAACUCCUCAUCUACACAUUGUCUGCAGACAGUUCCUGAUGUAUUAUUGUCUUUGGGGCCCAUAUUUACUAUUUCAUACUGGUUUUGGAUGCUCUAUCUCCCAGAUUUUCAAGAAACAGGACUUGUCACCUGCUGCCUUUAUCUUAAGUUUCAAAACAUUAGGAGCCAAGAUGUAUAACCAAUCUGGGUGCCUUUUUGAGCUUCUCAUGAGAUGUGGUAAUGGCUGUCUUUUGUUUACCAUUUCGUCACCAUUUAUCUGUUGUAUUUAUAAAACAUUCUACCUCUUGCACUUUAGACUUCCACCAGGAGUCACAUACAUACACAUGCACAGUGCUUUCAGUAUAAAAGGUUUCCUUGUGAUACCUUCUGUCACUCAGGGUCUUUUUUACUUUUUGGUAUCAUUCAAGGUGUCAUUGUUGAUUUUCAGUAACUUUGAAACAAAGGCUGCAUUGUAGCCCUUCAAAUGGUCUAGUAAGUUUUUCAGCUGUAGCAUUUUUUUGUUUUGCAGAGUAAUUGUAAAAAAAUAUUUAUGCAAGUGUUUCAUAUAGAGAGGGAACUUUAUAGCUUGUUUGUAUCUGAAGAGAUUAGUUAUUUUUUUGUUUUGCCUGAGUGGUAUAACCUGUUACCUUUUUCCUUUAAUUCUACACUAUACAAUUAAAAGGACAGUGGCACCCAGUAA